CUCUCUCUCUCUCUCUCUCUCUCUCUCUCCAAAACACUUAAAUUUGCCAAAACACAUCACUCAACAUGUUCUCCUUUGCAACACACUAUAGCACCACUUGGAGAGAAAAUCACAAAGGAAAAAAAAAGAGAUAAAAAGAAAUUAUAGGAAAAUUAUUUGCAUGGAGACAAUGUACACAGUGAAGGUGGAGGAGCCGACGCCGGCGGUCGGAAACCGCCCCUCGGCCGGGCCGGUUUAUCGGAGCAUUUACGCGAAAAAUGGUCUCCUAGAAAUGCCCAAAGGGAUUGAGUCUCCAUGGGAUUUCUUUAGUGGAGCAGUUAAGAGAUACCCAGAGAACCAAAUGCUUGGUCACAGGCAAGUUGUUAAUGGCAAGGUUGGUACUUAUGUGUGGCAAACGUAUGAGGAAGUGUAUCAUAAAGUUAUGAAAAUUGGAUCCUGCAUGCGAAGUUGUGGCAUCAACCCGGGAGAUCGCUGUGGAAUAUAUGGUUCUAAUUGUCCAGAGUGGGUGAUUGCAAUGGAGGCUUGUACCAGCCAAGGAAUUGUCUAUGUUCCUUUGUAUGAUACCCUUGGUGCUAACGCAGUCGAGUUCAUCAUCGGCCAUGCGGAAAUCUCUACAGCUUUUGUCCAGGAAAUCAAGAUACCAUCUAUAUUGGCGUGCCUUCCGAGGUGCGGUGCGCAUCUAAAGACAAUUGUUAGUUUCGGAGGGGUGACGAGUGCGCAAAAAGAGGAAGCCGGCCAAUGGGGAACAUCUUGCUUCUCUUGGGAGGAGUUCAUUUCAUCGGACAACUCGAAUCCUCGACUUCCUGCGAAGAACAAGGACGACAUUUGCACGAUAAUGUAUACGAGCGGAACCACAGGAGAUCCAAAGGGUGUUCUGAUAACAAACAGCGCUGUCGUAGCCCAGGUCAUGAAUACUGAACACCUUCUUCUGGAAACAGAUAAAGUGGUGACCGAAGAAGACUCGUACUUCUCGUUCCUUCCGCUGGCCCAUAUAUUCGAUCAGAUAAUUGAGAAUUACUGCAUCUACAAGGGCGCCUCCAUAGGAUUCUGGCGCGGGGAUGUUCGGUACUUGAUGGAUGAUAUUCAGGAGCUGAAACCAACAAUUUUCUGUGGCGUUCCGCGUGUUUAUGACCGCAUAUACGCAGGUAUCAAUCAUAAAAUCGCCACCGGAGGCGUGUUAGCGAAGAUGCUGUUUCAAAUUGCUUAUGAGCAAAAGUUGAGAAACUUGAAGAGAGGGAUGAAACAGCAUGAAGCAUCGCCUUUUUUCGACAAGCUGGUCUUCCACAAAAUCAAGCAAGGACUAGGCGGCAGAAUCCGCCUUUUGAUAUCUGGAGCUGCGCCACUACCUCGGCAUGUCGAAGAGUUUCUGAGAGUCGUCGGUUGCUGCGUCUUAGUACAAGGAUAUGGUCUUACUGAGAGCUGUUCCGGGUGCUUUACGUCGAUAGCCAAUGUUUUCUCGAUGGUAGGGACGGUCGGGGUCCCUGCUUCUACAAUUGAGGCUCGGCUCGAGUCUGUACCGGAAAUGGGGUACAAUGCACUGUCGCAAGCGCUACCGCGCGGAGAGAUUUGCCUGAGGGGUACUACCUUGUUCUCUGGCUACCACAAGCGACCGGACCUCAUGGAUGAAGUACUCAUCGAUGGCUGGUUUCACACCGGUGAUAUUGGAGAAUGGCAGCAGGAUGGCGCAAUGAAGAUCAUCGACCGAAAGAAGAACAUCUUCAAGUUGUCCCAAGGGGAAUACGUUGCGGUCGAGCAUGUCGAGAGCGCGUACAUGCAGUGCCCUCUAAUCGCAUCGGUUUGGGUGUAUGGGAACAGUUUCGAGUCCUUCCUCGUCGGCGUGGCCGUCCCCGAGAGGAAGCCGUUGGAAGAUUGGGCCGCAUCAAACAAUGUGAUUGGUAACUUUGAGGAGAUUUGCAAGCACCCGAAGGCGAAAAAGCACAUUUUAGAUGAGCUCAAUACCACCGGGCGCAAACACGAGCUGAAGGGAUUCGAGAUGUUGAAAGCUGUUUAUCUAGAGACGGCGCCGUUCGACAUCGAGAGAGGUUUGAUCACCCCAACCUUCAAGUUGAAGAGGCCUCAAUUGCUCAAAUACUACAAGGAAUGCAUUGAUGGAUUGUACCAAGAAGCAAAGGGAUCAGCAACAGCUUGUUGAGUGUGUUACUUGUGGUGUAUAAAUAACUAAUAAAUUUGAACAAUAUGCAUAGGUAAAUUAUAGUUCAUGGGAAUUUCUCUCUUCACUGCUAAUGUUGAUGAGAGAGAAAAUGGUGUGCUUAUGAAUUUAUUUGUCCUAUAUUAAUGACUCUUAAGCUGAGAGUGAUCUUCUUUUUUUCUUUUUUCUUUUUUUUUGUAAAAUAAAACAGAGCAGUAGUAGUAUGGGUAUUUCAAAAUGAUGCUAUUGAAUCA